UGCACCCACAUGUGCUCCCCCGAUCGUAAAGCUAUCGCUCGUCCCUCCUGUCAGGGGCGAGCUCUGCAAAGGGGAGGUGUGCAGGAAUCUGUCAUGAGUGCUAUCGCCAUUUCUGUUCGCUAUAAGUGGCUGGGGUCGAUGCCUACCUUUCAAUCGAACUCCGCCUCCUCUGUCACGAUUGUGUCGGUGCGUGGGCUCGUGUCCCAUUUCCAGCUAACAUCCCUGCCGAGUGUUGGCAAUUGCGUAUGUGGAUAGAUACCCGAGGCGAUGAAAACUUGUCUGUUAAGGAGUGCAUUUAGUGAGUCGGAGCUGCACUGCACCCUUCUGGCGUGAUGCUGGCGAAGUUGGUGCCUGACUUAUUGGUUGGUGGAGUUUGGGAAGCUGAUAUUGCACCGCGAGGGAGCAGGUUGCUGAGGUGAGACAAGGCGGUUGCAAACAGGAGCUGCUUAACAGUAAACCUCAGUUGCACGAGUCAACGAUGGGAAAGACUGCUGGGGCGUUGGCCCUCUUGGGGUUCUGGAUGCUUGUAGCCGGAUUGGGUGAGUCCUUUUCAAUGGAUUCCACGGACUCGUUGUAUAUUGUUCAGGUUGAUCAUAAUACUCUCACCAGCUCAGUGGGCUACCUUGAAAUGACGACGUCAAGGUACAGCCAGAUGUUGCAGUCGGUUAGGCGCAAAGAUUCGAAUGAUGUACCAACGGCUCAUCUAGUGCAUGUUUACCAUAACAUCUUUCAUGGAUUUUCUGCUCGGCUUACAUUCCAGGAGGCAGAGGCCUUAAAAAACAUGGACGGAGUGCUUGGCGUUUAUCCUGAUACAGUAAGACACUUGCAUACCACACACACUCCCGAAUUCCUGGGCUUGUCUAGCACGGAGGGUCUGUGGCCAGAGAGCAACUUUGGCGACGAUGUAAUUGUUGGCGUUCUAGAUUCAGGAGUGUGGCCGGAGGGUGAAAGUUUUAGUGACAAGGGACUGGGGCCCGUCCCAUCUCGUUGGAAAGGGUCAUGUCAGUCAGGUCCUGAUUUCAAUGUCUCUCUUUGCAACAAUAAGAUCAUUGGCGCUAGAUACUUCUCUGCUGGGUAUGAAGCGGCCACGGGUCCCAUGAAUGAUACUAUCGAGUCUAGGUCACCCAGAGAUACGGAAGGACAUGGAACUCACACGGCGUCUACGGCAGCAGGGUCCCCGGUAGAGAAAGCAAGUCUGAACGAGUUAGCUGAAGGAACUGCCAGGGGCAUGGCAUCCAAAGCCCGGAUUGCAGUGUACAAAAUUUGUUGGGAAAGAGGGUGCUAUGACUCCGACAUUGCUGCUGCUUUUGAUCAGGCCGUAGCAGAUGGGGUGGACGUGAUCUCUCUGUCAGUUGGUGGCGGCGUUGUCCCAUACUAUCAGGACUCUAUUGCAAUUGGUGCAUUUGGGGCCAUGAAAAAGGGUAUCUUUGUAUCUUGCUCAGCUGGAAACUCUGGCCCAGGACGCAUGACUGUGUCUAACAUUGCCCCCUGGGUGGUAACUGUAGCAGCGAGUACUUUGGACAGAAAGUUUCCUGCCGGUGUGGAGCUUGGAAAUAAUCAGACAAUUAGUGGAGUCUCUUUGUACCGUGGAAGUGCCUCGGAUGAGGAGUUCACUGGUUUGGUCUAUGGAGGCGACGUGGCGUCAACCAACGUUACUUAUGGUUCUCAGUGCUUGGAGGGUUCCUUGGAUCCCUCUCUUGUGAAGGGAAAAAUUGUAUUGUGCGACAGAGGAGGAAAUGGGCGGGUUGCUAAAGGUGCGGUAGUCAUGGGUGCUGGAGGCUUUGGCAUGAUCCUGACGAACACUCCUGUGGAUGGAGAGGGCCUUCUCGCAGAUAGCCAUAUCUUGCCUGCUACCCUUGUGGGUGCUACGGGUGGGGCCACCAUCAAAAGCUACAUCAAAUCCUCAAACAGUCCUGUUGCGAAGUUUAAGUUCGGAGGAACGCAACUAGAUGUGAAACCUGCACCCGUUGUAGCUUCUUUCUCCUCUCGUGGGCCCAACUCCUUGACUCCUAAAGUUUUAAAGCCCGAUAUUACUGGACCUGGAGUGAACAUCCUGGCAGCUUGGACUGGCCGUGUGGGUCCGAGCGGAUUGGCUUUUGACAACAGGAGAGUAAAGUUCAACAUCAUCUCAGGAACUUCGAUGUCGUGUCCCCAUAUCAGUGGAUUGGGAGCUUUAUUGAGGGGAGCCCAUCCAACAUGGAGCCCAUCAGCGAUAAAGUCGGCUAUAAUGACUACGGCUACCGUUCUUGACAACAAAAAUAGUAUCUUGACUGACGAGGCCACCACAACUGAGGCAACUCCCUUUCAUUUUGGCUCUGGACACGUGCAACCUGAGAGAGCCUUGAAACCAGGUUUGGUAUAUGACAUGAGCCCCCAGGAUUAUGUGAAUUUUCUCUGUGCAGUGGGUUAUUCACCUAAAAGGAUUCAGAUUUUUACAAACGAGCCCGUCACCUGUCCAAGGACAGCCGUCCGAGUUGAGGACAUGAAUUACCCUUCAUUUUCAGCAGUCCUCAAGCACUCUUCAUCUACGCCAACUCUGACGACUAACUUUACGAGGACGGUGACGAAUGUUGGAUUUGCUAAUUCUACGUACUCCGCUUCUAUUAUUUCCCCUGAUGACAUUACCGUCACUGUGAAACCGGAGCAGCUGACCUUUAGCGCAGAAGGCGAGAAGCAGAGUUUUACUCUGGUGGUCUCGGCUACAAGUAAUCCCAUCAGCACUGUGGUGGGUGCUUCUGAAACGAAAUUUGCAUUCUUAGUGUGGACAGAUGGAAGCCACGUUGUUCAGAGUCCCAUUGCCAUCACUGUUGAAUAGAUAGUUGAUAACCAAUUCUUUGGACUUUUUUGCGCCUGCUUGUAGGUGCAUUAUGGCUGUAAUUAAGUAAGUUCUGUACAGAGUCUCAACUGGAUGAAGUUAGAUCCUUCCUAUGCCGGCUGCGCUUCAUUAAGUCUCCAGCUUCUAAACGUACCGUCCAUGAUUUACGUCAUUCAUUGUGUGCUCAAUGUUGAAAGUUGUACGUUGUUUUCUUUCUGGUCAUAGUAGUUUGUUGGUUUCCAACUGCAGUCAUUAUUUGUAUCAGGCAUCCAUGCUACCCAUGCUACUGGUUCUGUAUCUUUCUCUCUAAACAAGCUUAACAAAUAAAAGCUUUUCUAGCUGUGCACAAUAAUUACUUCUUA